AUGCAGUGGGCGUUCGUCUGCCAGAGUCGGGCACAGGUCAGCGUUCGCUUUGGCGACAGGGAGGCAACCCUUCCCCUUUACUUUACGGGGUCGUCGCUGACGCUGCUGGGCCGAAACUGGAUUCAUGCAGUGGGCGUUCGUCUGCCAGAGUACCAGGAAGCCAGCGUGCAUGUGCCUCGCCCACUGCCGUUCGCGCUGAAGGACGGGGUCACCCAGGAGCUGCAACGGUUACAGCGAGAGGACAUCCUGGUACCCGUCAGGACGUCUGAAUGGGCCGCUCCCCUCAUACCAGUCCUCAAGCGAGACGGCAGUUUCAGGAUCUGUGGGGAUUUCAAGGUUACCAUCAACCCCAUCGCUACCGUCGAGAAGUACCCGAGGACCCGGAUUGAAGACGUUUGGUCAGCGUUGUCCAGUGGACAGAAGUUUACCAAGCUCGACCUCAGAGAUGCUUACCAGCAGCUGGUGCUCGAGGAUGCCUCCCGGAAGUAUGCCACAAUAUCGACAACUUUGGGGCUUUUCCAGUUCACGCGCUUAACGUUUGGCGUGGCCUCAGCCCCAGCCAUAUUUCAGAGGGAGAUAGACCUCUUCAGGGGCAUGAGGCAUGUGGCGGUGUACUUGGAUGACAUCCUGGACGCCGGCCUCAAGCUCAAGCUGGAAAAAUGCAUUUUCCUGGCCCCCAGUGUUGAGUACUUGGGACAUGUCAUUUCCCAAGCUGGCCUAUCCCCGGCUCCCCGCAAAGUUGAUGCUGUGCUCAAGGUGCCUAAGCCCCAGAACAAGAAGGAGCUUCAGACCUACCUCAGCCUCAUCAACUUCUACAGUGGUCUCCCGCUAAACCUGUCGUAG